UGUUUGAUUAGCAAAAAAAAAAGUUUCAAACUGGCUGCCGCAACGAUGUCGACCCAGCAGAGCCCCGCCAGCCUGCAGGCGGCGGCCAACAGCGAGAAAGUGUUCCAAUGGAUCAACGAGCUGUCAAAUCCGGAGACGCGUGAAACCGCCCUGCUGGAACUAAGCAAAAAACGCGAAUCGGUGCCGGACUUGGCUCCGAUGCUGUGGCAUAGCUUCGGAACGACCGCAGCGUUGCUGCAGGAGAUUAUCAACAUCUACCCGUCGAUCAAUCCGGCCACGCUGACGGCACACCAAUCGAACCGGGUCUGCAAUGCUCUGGCCCUGCUGCAGUGCGUCGCUUCGCAUCCGGAAACGCGGUCCGUCUUUCUGGCGGCGCAUAUUCCGCUGUUCCUGUAUCCAUUCCUGCACACCACAUCGAAGACGCGUCCGUUUGAGUACCUGCGACUGACGUCGCUGGGGGUCAUCGGUGCGCUAGUCAAAACGGACGAGCAGGAAGUGAUUACGUUUCUGCUGACGACGGAGAUCAUUCCGCUGUGCCUGCGGAUAAUGGAGUCCGGGUCGGAGCUAAGCAAAACGGUGGCUACCUUCAUCCUGCAGAAGAUUCUGUUGGACGACAGUGGUUUGUCGUACAUUUGCCACACGUACGAUCGGUUCUCACAUGUGGCGAUCAUCUUGGGCAAGAUGGUCAUCUCUCUUUCGAAGGAACCCUCGGCAAGACUGUUGAAACACGUUGUUCGGUGCUACCUGAGACUGUCCGAUAAUCCAAGGGCCCGCGAAGCGCUCCGCCAGUGCCUGCCGGAUCAGUUGCGUGACGGAACGUUCGCCGCCUGCCUGCAGGAGGACAAAUCCACCAAACCGUGGCUGUCGUUGCUGCUCAAGAAUCUGGAAACCGUCACCGUACCUGGAGCCGACCCGCGGCAAGUGGGCAUCUCACCGCUGACUUCCUAAUACAUAGUCGAGAGCCGCCGGCAUGCAGCAGAAGCAGAUUGUGUUCCUGAACCGCUGAACCACGUGACCACCACCAGUCGACAUUGAUAAUGAUGAUGAUAACGGUAGCUGUAUUAAGAUUGUAUUGAUUGAUGAGUAUCUUUAUCCCCUAAAAAAAAAUCCAUUUUCCCUUACCACUUUUGAGGCAGUGAUUUUGCUUGCUAAUCAAACCAACGACAACCCUGUUAGAGAGAUCAAGUUUGUUAAAAUCACGAAUUUUCAUCCCGUGUUCUUUUCGCGGGAGAAGCACACGGGUUUUAAUAGUCUGAAAUUGUGCAAAGACUCAGUCUAGUUUCGGAACAAAUUUAAGACACUAAAAAAAUCAGUAAGAAUAACAAAAAAUAGCAGUUAAUAUGAGAGGUAGUUUAAGAAAGUAGUAGGAAAGUUUUCCCAUGAGAGAAACGCACUGAAUCGGAUCGCACCCAUCAACGAUGAGGAUCGAGAAAAGUGUUAGGAUGAAAUUGUCGAAUAUUUUCUAUUUCAAUAAUUGAAAAAAAAAAAGUUUUAAUGCGUUUGUUCGUUUUAGGACCGAAUUAUUCAAGUUCUCACAGAAGUCGGCAUUGGACGUGCUUAUCUGCUCUUUUUCUUUUUUUUUUUCUUUGCUAUUUUCUAUUUAACCAUAAGCAAUCAUCGAGUCGUGUUAAAGCAAAAUGCAAAGCAACAGUCACAAUAAGAAAAUAUCAAAAAACCAUCUCCACUCAACACAUUCAGCACUAAUAGUUAUGCACUGGAAGCGCUUGAGAGCUAAUUGGAUUGGAUCGGAAGAAGAGAUCAACUAGUGAGGGUAUACCGUUAAGAUCAGUGAUAUGUUUAAUACAAUAUUAACAAUUGUGACAA